GCCAGAUGACGUGCGCCGCAUGGCCGCAGUAUUGGAACAGCUCUGACUGACUACAAUGGGACCGUUUUUUCUGCGGAGUUCGUGCCGGAGCGGAGCGGAGAUAGUGGAAUUUUGGGGUAAGAACAGACUUGUGCGGAUGCUGGUUGAUCUCCAUUUUAGUGCAGUGCGUUACCAGUUAUCCAUGUGGAGACACUGGUAUUCAUGUCUUUUAUAAUCAUUUGUAUCGUUUUAUGUCUCUUUUUUAAUGUAGACCUUGAGUCCGAUAAUAAAGUUGAAUUGAACUUCUCCUUAAUGCAAUUAUCUAAUCAACCAAUCACAUAGCAGUUGCUUCAAUGCAUUUAGGGGUGUGGUCCUGGUCAACACAAUCUCCUGAACUCCAAACUGAAUGUCAGAAUGGGAAAGAAAGGUGAUUUAAGCCAUUUUGAGCGUGGUGUGGUUGUCGGUGCCAGACAGGCCGGUCUGAGUAUUUCACAAUCUGCUCAGUUACUGGGAUUUUCACGCGCAACCAUUUCUAGGGUUUACAAAGAAUGGUGUGAAAAGAGAAAAUCAUCCAGUAUGCGGCAGUCCUGUGGGCGAAAAUGCCUUGUUGAUGCUAGAGGUCAGAGGAGAAUGAGCCGACUGAUUCAAGCUGAUAGGAGAGCAACUUUGACUGAAAUAAGCACUCAUUACAACAGAGGAAUGCAGCAAAGCAUUUGUGAAGCCACAACACGCACAACCUUGAGGCGGAUGGGCUACAACAGCAGAAGACCCCACCGGGUACCACUCAUCUUCACUACAAAUAGGAAAAAGAGGCUACAAUUUGCACGCGCUCACCAAAAUUGGACUUUUGAAGACUGGAAGAAUGAGAAUUAAUGAAAUAAAAAACCACACACUCCUCCAAGUGUUAAGUGGAAGAACUGUUCACUCUGCAAAUAAAUACUCAGAAUAUCCAAGGGGACUGCUCAUUUGGAGUUCUAAUUGGACCCACAACAGUGUAUUGACAUAUCCAACUAGCACAGUAGAAAAAAAACUGUUUUCCGUAGAGUCAAGAACAUGGAUCCAUCGUGCCUUGUUACCACUGUGCAGGCUGGUGGUGGUGGUGUAAUGGUGUGGGGGAUGUUUUCUUUGCACACUUUAGGCCCCUUAGUGCCAAUUGGGCAUCGUUUAAAUGCCACGGGCUACCUGAGCAUUGUUUCUGACCAUGUCCAUCCCUUCAUGACCACCAUGUACCCAUCCUUUGAUGGUGACUUCCAGCAGGAUAAUGUACCAUGUCAUAAAGCUCCAAUGAUUUCUAAUUGGUUUCUUGAACAUGACAAUAAGUUCACUGUACUACAACGGCCCCCACAAUCACCGGAUCUCAACCCGAUGGAGCAUCUUUGGGAUGUGGUGGAACGGGAGCUUCGUGCCCUGGAUGUGUAUCCCACAAAUCUCCAUCAACUGCAAGAUGCUAUCCUAUCAGAAUGGGCCAACAUUUCUAAAGAAUGCUUUCAGCACCUUGUUGAAUCAACGCCACGUAGAAUUAAGGCAGUUCUGAAAGCGAAAGGGGGUCAAACACCGUAUUAGCAUGGUGUUCGUAACAAUCCUUUUGGUGAGCGUAGAAGACACUUUUAGGUAAAAGUACUUUAUAAAGAUGGAUCCAAGCAAUCAUCAGUGUUUUCAUUGCAGUACAGACAUAUUUAUUUUAAUUUCUCUAGCAUAUCUCAGUUAAAUUGACCUCUUGUGUGGCAUUCAGAUUAUAAGGCUGGAUUAUUUUCUUCCUUUAGUUCAUGCCCAGAUAUUCUCCCAGGUAUUCCACCCGAGUGUAAGCAAGUCUGUUUUUUAUUUCCCGCCCCGUUUUGAGUGCUUCCAAGAACAGGUUAAACACAGAGAAAACGAUUCCCAUCGGACAGUUCUGUGUACAGCACAAGCUUUUUUUUCUGAUCUCCAUCUGGGUCCUGCUGGAUCCACAAGGUGAAAGACCUCAUAAACAUGUGAUCUCAUUCCUACGCAGUAAUCCACUGCAGCCUAAGAGCUGUAAAAACAGAUCAGCAAAUCGUCAUCUACCUUCCCAGACAGAUUAGCCAAUCAUGAGUCACUUCCAGCGAGCGUGGGAGGGAUCUGCAGGAGGUUACUUCCUUGAGGAGGGAAGAAACUUUGGGUUUGAGUUGCCCUGCUGUCCGUGGAUCUGAAGAGUGGGCCAAGAAUGAGUGAUCAUGGGCUGGGAGUUCUGGACUCGGCAGCUAGAUGAGGAGGAACUGGUUGAGAACGGAGGUUACGAUGAGUACAGCAGCAGCAGCAGAGCCGGUAUGAACGGGGGCGGACCAAAGAAGCUGGUGGACCUUCUGGAGGACCCUCUGCCCGGCGUGGGCACGUAUGAAGACUUCAACACCAUCGACUGGGUCAGAGAGAAGAGCAAGGACCGGGAUAGACAUAGAGAGAUCACCAAUAAGAGCAGACAGUCGACCGUGGCCCUGCUGCGCAGCCUCAGCGACGCCUUCUCGGGAUGGCUGCUCAUGCUGCUGGUGGGACUCAUGGCAGGCGCCCUCGCCGGCGGCAUCGACAUCGCCGCCCACUGGCUGACAGACUUAAAAGGUGGGGUUUGUCUCAUCGGCUUCUGGUUCAACCACGAGCACUGCUGCUGGACGUCCAACGAGACUACCUUCCAGGAGAGGGACCGAUGUCCUCAGUGGCAGAGCUGGGCCGAGCUCAUUGUAGGAAACUCGGAGGGGGCGUUCGCCUACAUCGUGAACUACCUGAUGUACAUAUUCUGGGCUCUGCUCUUUGCCUUCCUGGCGGUCAUUCUGGUCAGAGCCUUCGCUCCUUAUGCAUGUGGAUCAGGAAUACCAGAGAUCAAAACGAUACUCAGUGGGUUCAUCAUCCGCGGCUACCUGGGGAAGUGGACCCUGAUCACCAAGACCAUCACCCUGGUUUUAGCCGUCUCCUCUGGGCUCAGCCUAGGGAAGGAGGGCCCUCUGGUCCACGUGGCGUGCUGCUGCGCUAACAUACUCUGUCACCUGUUCACCAAGUACCGCAAGAACGAGGCCAAACGGAGAGAGGUUUUAUCAGCAGCAGCAGCAGUCGGAGUGUCUGUGGCGUUUGGCGCUCCUAUUGGAGGAGUCCUGUUCAGUCUGGAGGAGGUGAGUUAUUAUUUCCCCCUGAAGACGCUGUGGCGUUCGUUCUUUGCCGCCCUGGUGGCGGCCUUCACCCUGCGCUCCAUCAACCCGUUUGGAAACAGCCGCCUGGUGCUGUUCUACGUGGAGUUUCACGCCCCGUGGCACCUGAUAGAGCUGGCUCCUUUCAUCUUGCUGGGGAUCUUCGGAGGCCUGUGGGGGGCGCUGUUCAUCAGGGCGAACAUCGCCUGGUGCAGGAGGCGUAAAACCACUCGCUUGGGGCACUACCCGGUCAUCGAGGUGCUGGUGGUGGCGGCGCUGACGGCUCUGAUCGCCUACCCCAACAGCUACACCCGCAUGAGCGGAUCGGAGCUCAUCUCUGAGCUGUUCAACGACUGCUCGCUGCUCGACUCCUCUCAGCUGUGUGGCUACAAGCAGCCAGUCAACGCGUCAGAAACAGGCGUAGGUAACAGCCUGGCGGACCGGCCGGCCGGGGAGGGUCUCUACACGGCUCUGUGGCAGCUGGCCUUGGCUCUCAUCUUUAAGAUGCUCAUCACCGUCAUCACUUUUGGCAUGAAGGUCCCUUCUGGUCUCUUCAUCCCCAGCAUGGCGGUGGGGGCGAUAGCUGGUAGGCUGCUGGGUGUUGGCAUGGAGCAGCUAGCCUACUAUAACCACGACUGGCUCAUCUUCAGAGGGUGGUGCUCCCCGGGAGCGGACUGCAUCACCCCAGGGCUCUACGCCAUGGUGGGAGCCGCUGCCUGCCUAGGCGGAGUUACUCGUAUGACGGUGUCGCUGGUCGUCAUCAUGUUCGAGCUGACCGGCGGUCUGGAGUAUAUCGUUCCCCUCAUGGCUGCAACCAUGACCAGCAAAUGGGUGGCGGACGCCUUUGGACGGGAGGGCAUCUAUGAGGCUCACAUCCGGCUGAACGGUUACCCGUUCCUGGAGGCGAAGGAGGAGUUUGAACACAGCAGCCUGGCGGUGGAUGUGAUGAGGCCGAGGAGGGGCGACCCCGCCCUGGCUGUGCUCACGCAGGACAGCAUGACUGUAGAGGAGGUGGAGACGGUGGUGGACAGCACUCACUACAGCGGCUUCCCCGUGGUCGUCUCUCAGGAGUCCCAACGACUGGUGGGGUUUGUGCUCAGAAGAGACCUGCUCAUAUCAAUAGACAACGCCCGAAAGCGGCAGGACGGUGUCGUCAGCACCUCCCAGGUGGUUUUCACAGAGCACGCCCCGACGCAGCCACCUGAAGCUCCGCCUCCCCUCCGCCUGAGGGGCAUCAUGGACCUGAGCCCUUUCACGGUCACCGACCACACGCCCAUGGAUAUCACCGUGGACAUCUUCAGGAAAUUAGGUCUUCGCCAGUGUCUGGUCACACACAACGGGAGGCUGCUGGGAAUUAUCACUAAAAAGGACAUACUCAAGCACAUGGCCCAGAUCGCCAACAGAGACCCCGACUCCAUCCUCUUCAACUGAGCUCCAGUCGUCUUUGCUUCCACGAGUCAAGAAGACGAUGCCAGCCUCAGAAUGCAACUUUACCUCUCCGAAUUUUGAAAGGCAAAAACGGGUCGGGGCUCAUUUGCACAUCAGACUGGCGACUGGAAUGUUGUUCCCAGGGAUUUCUGAGCCCGUUUUAGGGUGUAUAAAAUGGUUUAUAAUGAAGAAGGAAAAGAGUCUCCUGUCCAGCCCCUGGAAGGGGGACUUAAUCACCUGCUGUUCUUUGGCAUUUUUUCUGCUCUCUUUUUCUUCUCAUUUUUUCCAAACAAGACUGGAAUCUGUGAGUCAAAUCUCCCUGGGAUUCUUUCUCCUCCGGUUACCGUCUUGCUACACCUGAGACUACAGGGAGGUGGGAAGAGAUAAUCCUGUGUGACGGACGCUGAGACGAGAGGUGAAGGAGGGGUUUAGGUGGUUUCCCUCCAGCCAUCGCAGCGAGCCCAGACAGAUGACUGACUUGUGCUGCUGGAUGUUCUGACAGCUUCCUGUGCCCCCCCUCACCCCCCCAGGGAUGGGAAUGUGGGAGGAGGGACACAGUCGGCGCUAGAGGAGGACUGCAUACUUACGCUCCACGAAGGUCCUGAUGACAGCCUGGGAAGUCUCCUUAUAUGUCUGGUUGUCUCAUAGAUGAGUGAGACUGCUGAUAGCCUUGGAGGUCUACUGGGCUGCCAGUCAGACCCAGACAAGCACUACAGCUGUUUACAUCCUGAAAAACUAUCAAUGAUUGCAUCCCGGGAAUCUGCAAACGCCACCUCAUGCCUUACGAGAGGUUGGAAGUGGGCGGACAUGAAUAUGCAGCCAGAGAAACAUCAUCACACAUGAAUUAAUUUAUGUAAAUGUAAAAUUUUUCAUUCCAUUAAAUUAUUUCAUUGAAUGAAA